AUGCUGACUACGUUUUCCUUAUGUGGUGCGAUUGGUAAUGGCCUUGUCGCGUACGUGUACACACACAAGGCCAAGAAGGAUUCGGCCACCAUCUUUAUCUUGGCGCUGUCCUGCACAGACCUGUUGGCGUGUUUGGUGACCAUGCCGUACACGGCGGUGACAGAGUACCUGCAGCACAAAUUAAACUACGACCUCGCUUGUAAAUUGUACACGUUUAUGAUUACCUUCAACGUUCCACUGUCAGCUUUUCUCAUGGUGGUGAUAUCGCUGGAUAGGUGA